GUUCCUCGAUCCACUGCCUCCGCUCUAUAUACACCGAAAUACAGUGUAUAUACUCUCUAGCUGUAACUCUCUAGUCUCUUCAAUGGCGUCGGAAGAGCAAAAGCACGCUACGAUCAUCGACGGAAAAGUAAUCGCUCAAACCAUCCGCAACGAAAUCGCUUCCGAAGUCCUCCUUCUUUCCCAGAAAUACAACAAAGUCCCUGGAUUGGCUGUUGUAAUUGUAGGCAAUAGGAAAGAUUCUCAGAGUUACGUUGGUAUGAAGAGAAAGGCAUGUGCUGAAGUUGGCAUUAGGUCCUUCGAUAUUGACCUGCCAGAGGAAGUAUCUGAAGAGGAGGUGGUUAAAAAGGUUCAUGAGUUAAAUGCUAAUCCUGAUGUCCACGGAAUACUGGUUCAGCUUCCCUUGCCAAAGCAUAUAAAUGAGGAGAGAGUCUUGACUGAAAUCAGUAUUGAGAAAGAUGUUGAUGGAUUUCAUCCUCUGAAUAUCGGCAAGCUUGCGAUGAAAGGCAGAGAACCAUUGUUUCAGCCUUGCACACCAAAGGGAUGUCUUGAACUUCUGUCAAGGAGCGGAGUAAGUGUAAAAGGAAAAAGAGCGGUUGUAGUGGGUCGCAGCAAUAUAGUUGGACUGCCAGUUUCGCUGCUGCUUCUGAAAGCGGACGCAACUGUGACCAUAGUUCAUUCACGCACUCCUGAUUCUGAGAGCAUCAUUCGUGAGGCGGAUAUCAUUAUUGCUGCAGCAGGACAACCGAUGAUGAUUAAGGGAGACUGGAUUAAACCCGGUGCUGCAGUUAUCGACGUGGGGACGAAUGCAGUUGAUGACCCAAGUAGGAAAUGCGGCUACAGACUGGUAGGUGAUGUAGACUUCCAAGAAGCAUGCAAGGUAGCUGGUUAUCUGACCCCAGUUCCAGGUGGUGUGGGCCCCAUGACAGUCGCAAUGCUGCUCAAGAACACUUUGGAAGGUGCUAAGUGGAAGCUCAAGCAGUAAGCCAACCUCUAAUAUUCAAUUUUCAGGCUGGUGUUACAAUUUCAAGUCAUGGUUUUGUAGGAGAAUGUUGCAUUGUUUUCUCAAUAAUUCUCGCUCUUUCAGUGGAAGUUUGAAGGUAUCUAUCCCAAUGGUAACUGAUUUUGGUAAGUAUAGACUGUACAAAGAGAAAAUAAGUAACUGCAAUCAACUUGGCUCUUUUAUUU